UAGCACACAACGUCCGAUGGACGUCCAUAUAACGUACAUUUGAUGUCCAAACGUCCAUGGACCAAAACUGGACGUACAAUGUACGUACAUUGCGCGACGUCCAUUGGACGUUUGAUUUCAACGUACAUUGGACGUCCAUUUGUCGUCCAUGGAGAUUUUAUACACAAAACAUGAUUAUUAUUUAUGAGUAAUUAUAUAACUUAUUGUUUUAAUCGAAGCCAUAUUAUUAGUAGAAUAUAAGAAGCUUCUAAUAAAUGUAGUCACAUAUUUUUAUCAUGGAAUUAAAACACUGAACCAUUAAAAUUAUUUUAAUUAAACUUAUAUAAUAUAUUAUAAUAUAAUAAUACAUUAGAUCAUGAUAAAAUGAUCGUAAACUUUUCAGUAUUAACGGAGCUACGUCGGUAAUUAUAGACCUUACAAUAAUUAGACAGUACCAAUUUAAAUCUUAAAAAUGUGCAUUUUCUAACUGUUAAAUUUCCCGCGUUUUGUUUCUCAUCGAAUGUCUUUUUAGUUACCAAAUGGCUCGGCGUGGCGUGACGUGUUUUGUUUUGUUCUUUGUUCAGUGUUGUGGAAGGGAGGUUUUGUUUAUAAAUUUCAUCUUCAUCCCUUCAACCCUCUUUCUAUGUUCAUGCUUGCAUGCUUCAUCUUCAUAUCAUACCAUUUUCGCCUUACGCCCACGCCGCCAUUAUCUGGUAAUCGUUUUUAGCAAAUAUAUUAAAUACAUCUUGUACUCCUGUGAUAUAGUCGUUUUCAACUGAAAUUACUCUAGAAAGUCCAAUUACUCCAUUAUUUCCAAAAUGCCAAGAUUACGCUUGCGUAGAUCUAUAUAUAAAAGAGCUAAAAAGGAAACUCAGUUAAAUAUAGAGCUAAUUAAUAGUUCCUUACCCUCUACUAAUACUCAACAUUGUCCAUUGAAUGAGUUUGUAAGCGAACAGUAUGAUAGUAAUGACGGGGCUUCAACAUCGGGUAUUACAUCUUAUCAAAAUAUAGUACCACAUGAUUAUGAUAUUAUGCAUGUAGAUUUUAGUAAUUCAGAUUUGGAAAGUGGCAGUAUUGAUUUGGAUGAAAUAAGUGAAGAAGGUGCUUCUACUGACAGUAAAAAUAAUCCAGUUUUUAAUAAAGUAGAUCAAUUUCAUUUGGAAUCCUCACUAGCUAAAUGGGCAUGUAAAUACCAAAUUCAUCAUAAUGCCCUGAAUGACUUAUUAAAAUUAUUGAAAAAUGAUCACCCGGAUUUACCUUCAGAUAGUAGAACUUUACUAAAAACUCCAAGGGAAGUUGCUGUUGUAGAUAUUUCUCCAGGUCAGUACUAUCAUUUUGGCCUUUCAUUUACGUUAAACAAUCUGUUACAUGCACUAGGAGAAAAAGAGUGCAGUCAGUUGAGUUGUCUUGAACUAAUGAUUAACGUAGAUGGUCUGCCAAUUGCUAAGUCUAGCAGCAAACAGUUAUAUCCCAUUUUGUGUCAGCUGUACAAACAACCCUUGGUAGAAGUUAUUGGGCUGUAUCACGGAUUAGAAAAGCCUAAAGAUCCCAAUGAAUUUUUGACUCAGUUUAUAGAUGAAGUUAUUUAUUUUACAAACAAUGGAUACUUUCAUAAUGGCAAACAUUACAAUUUCAAAAUUAUUGCAUUUAUUUGUGACGCACCGGCUAAAUCAUUCAUAUCUUUUACCAAGGGACACACUGGCUAUAGUUCAUGUUCUAAGUGUUAUACUGAAGGUACUUAUUUUAAUACUGUCUGUUUCCCGGAAUUUGAAGGGUUAAAUAUGAGGAAUGACUUAGAGUUUAGACAAAAAGUUGAUGAACAACAUCAUAAUGGUACAUCUAUUUUAGAAUUAAUACCAAACUUUGACAUGAUUAAAAAUGUGCCUCUUGAUUACAUGCAUUUAAUAUGUUUGGGGGUAAUGAAAAAACUUUUGUUGUUGUGGUUGUCAGGUAAAUUACCUAAUAGAUUGCAAUCUUCAAAAGUGACUGAAUUGUCUAAUCUACUGGUAGAAACUGCUAAGUACAUUCCUGUUGAAUUUGUUAGGAAGCCCCGCUCACUUCAAGAAAUGAAACGAUUUAAAGCCACUGAGUUUCGGCAGUUGCUGUGCUAUACUGGACCAGUUGUUUUAAAAAAUAUUUUACCAAAAAAUAUGUAUAACAAUUUUUUGUGUUUACAUAUUGCAACAACAAUAUUGUCAAACUCGAAUUUAUUGCAAAAUUACAUAGAAUAUGCAAGGUCACUGUUAAAAUAUUUCAUUGAAACUUUUAUCAUUUUGUAUGGAAAAGAAAAUGUGUCACAUAAUGUACAUAAUUUAAUACAUAUAUGUGAUGAUGCAGCCAGAUUUGGUAUUCUUCAGAAUUUCUCCUCGUUUCCCUUUGAAAAUUAUUUGCAGAAAUUAAAAAAAUUAAUCAGAAAAGGAGAUAAGCCCUUAGCACAGAUUGUCAAAAGAAUUACAGAACAGAAUCAUAUAGCUAAUAAUAGUCAUCAUAUAGGCUAUAAACAGUUCGGAACUCCGAAAUUUGAACACAGUACGGGUCCACUAGUCAAUAAUGAACAAUGUACGCAAUAUACUCAAAUUAUUUUUAAAGACUUCACUCUUAAAACAAAAGAAUUUGACAACUGUUGCUCCUUAAAAGAUAACUCAAUAGUAAAUGUUGAAAAUAUUAUAGACAUCAAUGGAAAUAUGUACAUUAUUGGUAGAGAAUAUAAGUCUGUAAAAAGUUUUUUCAGUUCACCUUGUGAGUCAUCUAUUAUACACUGUUUCAAUGUUUCUACAUUAGGCAGUUUGAAACAAUGGAGCAUUGCAGAAAUUACACAUAAAAAUGUAAAAAUCAUCUGCAAGGACUGGCAUGUUGUUAUGCCUUUAUUACACUGUGAGCAGUAAUAUGUCUUACAUUUUACUGCCCAAUUGGUGUUUUAGGGCUGCCAUACUCUAAAAAUUUAAUUGUUAAAUUUUUUUGGGUUAUACAGUCGAACCCGCUUAUUGGAAUAGCCUUUGCGCCAAGCAAAAUUAUUCCUAUAACCGAGAUAUUCUAAUAACCGAUCAUUUGUGGCUAGUAAAAACGUUUCAGGACCUAAAAUUUCUAUUCCUUAAACCGGGAUAUUCCUAUAACCGGUAUUCUAAUAAGCGGGUUCGACUGUAAUUGAAAAUUCUUCUCUGAAAUCUUCUCUUUCCAAUGAUGUAACACAUUAUAGUAUAAAAUAUCCAUGAUUACAAAAUUAUUUGUUUUUUGAACGUCUGCAAUCAAUUCCGUGGACCGGUAGCUUUAUAGCCUAUUAGAGUGUUUUAUGUGUUUGCGAAUUCCUGAAUAUUAUUAAAUUUUUAACUUUCGAUGUCAAAUAUCUCUGGAUCCUUAGAUGAUAAAAGGUCCAAAUUUUUACAGUGGUUGUAGAUGGAUAAUAUCAAGUUCUGCCUAAAGUUAGUAUUGAAAAAUGUACAAAAACAAGUAAGAUAAAUAAAAUCCAAAAAUUUUUGGGUUUUUAUGUAAGAGUAUUUAAAAAAAAAUUAAAAUAAAAUAAAAAAAAAUUAGGUUUCUAAGUGUUUUGAUUACAGAGGUAUGUGACAUAAUGUUAACAUUGUCGUUAAAUGGGAUGUCAGUUGCCCUUAAAUAUAAUUAAAUUAUUCAUUGAACAGUGUAUUAAUAGUAGGAUUAGUUUAUUAUUAGGUUACAUAUGAAUAAGUUUUUGCUAAUCAAAAUUAUUACAGUAAAGGUACUGACCAUUACAAAAUUAAAAUUUAAUAAUUUACACAUUAAUCACCACAAGCUACUGAAAUAGUUUCUUCAAAUGAUGUACCUUUAUAGUGACAAAAACAGUUUACAUACUUUUUUUCCAGUGUUAAAAGUUGUCCCUUACUAUAUGUUCAUAAUGAAAUGUUCUUUAAAAGAGACAAAGCUUGUAAAGCUAUGUGACACAUUUUUAACUAUGCAAUCUGACUACUCUAAAAGGACAUCAUAUGAUUGAAAGUGUCAAAUGGCAAGCUGAAAGCAGAAAUUUUGAAAGUAAAGAAUAUGUAUUACUAUAUAAGAAAAAGAGAAUGCUCAAAGAAUUGAAUAUAAUAAUGAUUAUUUAUGUACCAAGUCAGUAAAGUUACUCGUUAUCGAACGAGUCUGAUAUUAUGAGCAGAUCGAGUGUAGCUAGCGAGGCGAAUAACAGAAGAGUUCGAUAAAGAGUCUUUACUGACGUGGUACAUACAAAAUUUUAUCACUAACAAUUUGAUAUUGGUUUUAACACUUACUUGCAAUUUACAAUAAUUAAGAACUUUUUAAAUUUUAGACGUCAUAAUAAUUUCAUGACAGAUGUCUUUUGCAUGAUGGCCGCUUUUGAUUUUUAAUCGAUAGUUAUCAAUAUUGAAUAAUUACUAAGUCGGUAAAGUUUUGAUGUAUUGUAUAAAUAUGAUUAUAAUUACAAAAUACUACAGAAUUUCACUUUUUGACAUAAAUUUAAUUAGCAAUGUAGUUAAUUUGGUACAAUAUUUUUAAUAAUUAAGGUAAACAAAUUGUAAGAACUCAAAUAAAUAAUCGAUUACUGUCAUCGACCACUUACAUUCAAUCUCGAUUAAUCGCGACAGGUAAAGUAAAAUUCUUCUUUCAGUACAAUAAAGUGUUACUUUACUGCCGCAAAUGAGUACAAUAAUGAAUGACUUUAGUGACGGUUGGCGAUAAAAACAAUUAACACAUAUUAAUAUUGAAGAUAUAAAUAAUUGAUGUAUUUUUUGCAAGUUGCCAUCACUUAAAUGUUUGAAUCACUGAUUUGAAACUGGAGUUUGCACUUUUUUGGCUAAAGAGGUUCAAUCUGUGGAUCGUAACUUUCAUAUAAAAUUGAUUUUUUUAUCAUUUUAUCAUUGCAAGCAAAUGGUUUUCUAGUACAGUCUGGAAAUUAG